UCCCCUCUCCCCACUCCGGGCUCCUCGCCCUCGCCCACACUUUCUUUCUCACACACGCACGCAGACACAUUCUCCCUCUCCGCGCUCUCUCCCUCGGUUCCCGUCUCUCCCUCUUUCUCUUUCACUUUUGCAUGCCCUGCAACCUUUUAAAAUGUUGCCCCUUCCCUGUGAUUCGCCAGACGCCGCGCCGCGGCCCCCUGCGCACUCGCCCGCUCCCUCUCUCGCCCGCUUUUUGUCUCUCGCGCUCCCUCUCCCCACCUCCGAUUUGCUACACUGAGGCUCCCGUCAAUGGACUGCAUUGAGAGCCGGCUCCGGCGCGAGUUGCCUCUCCGCUUCACGCUCCAUUUCCAGGCAUUCUUCCCUUAUUAAGUAUUCGUGUAAUAUUAAUAGUCAUGAAUAUCUGCUAUUAGGAGGCUCCAGGAACGCUGCCCAGCGCGGUUAUUAGAAGCUCAAGCGAAGCCGCCGCUAAGAAAAGAGAGGGAGACACGGAUUAAGGAACACGCACACGCACACAGACACACACACUUUUUGCUUUUUCCGUUUUUUGGGGUUUUUCAUUUUUUAAGGAACUUUGAAUCAUAACCGAUCACGGCAGGAUAGAGAUCGUGGGUUCGACCAGCUGAAGGCGCCGUUCAAAUCGGUGGUUCAAGUUCGGAUGGACCAGAGCGGGGCUCCAGCGCUCAGGCGAGCGGCUGCGCCGUGACUGGAGUCCUGGGUGGCGCGGGGCUCUCGGCGCCUUUUGUGUGGGGCGCGCUCGGGCGGCGGGGCAGCCGGGCUCUCCAGGCUUGCUUGUUUUUUUCCACCCUGACUCGUUACCCCAGACUCUGCGCAGAUGUUAGUUCACAGUUUUUCAGCUAUGGACCGUCACGACGGCACCAGCAACGGGACUGCACGGUUGCCCCAGCUGGGCACUGUAGGUCAAUCUCCCUACACGAGCGCCCCGCCGCUGUCCCACACCCCCAAUGCUGACUUCCAGCCCCCCUACUUCCCCCCUCCCUACCAGCCUAUCUACCCCCAGUCGCAAGAUCCUUACUCCCACGUCAACGACCCCUACAGCCUGAACCCCCUGCACGCCCAGCCGCAGCCGCAGCACCCGGGCUGGCCCGGCCAGAGGCAAAGCCAGGAGUCUGGGCUCCUGCACACGCACCGGGGGCUGCCCCACCAGCUGUCGGGCCUGGAUCCUCGCAGGGACUACCGGCGGCACGAGGACCUCCUUCAUGGCCCACACGGGCUUGGCUCAGGACUCGGAGACCUCCCGAUUCACUCCUUACCUCACGCCAUCGAGGACGUCCCGCAUGUAGAAGACCCGGGUAUUAACAUCCCAGAUCAAACUGUAAUUAAGAAAGGCCCCGUGUCCCUGUCCAAGUCCAACAGCAACGCCGUCUCCGCCAUCCCCAUAAACAAGGACAACCUCUUUGGUGGCGUCGUGAACCCCAACGAAGUCUUCUGUUCAGUUCCGGGUCGCCUCUCGCUCCUCAGCUCCACCUCGAAGUACAAGGUCACGGUGGCGGAAGUACAGCGGCGCCUCUCACCGCCCGAGUGUCUCAACGCUUCGCUGCUGGGCGGAGUGCUGCGGAGGGCGAAGUCUAAAAAUGGAGGAAGAUCUUUAAGAGAAAAACUGGACAAAAUAGGAUUAAAUCUGCCAGCAGGGAGACGUAAAGCUGCCAACGUCACCCUGCUCACAUCACUAGUGGAGGGAGAAGCAGUCCACCUAGCCAGGGACUUUGGGUACGUGUGCGAAACCGAAUUUCCUGCCAAAGCAGUAGCUGAAUUUCUCAACCGACAACAUUCCGAUCCCAAUGAGCAAGUGACAAGAAAAAACAUGCUCCUGGCUACAAAACAGAUAUGCAAAGAGUUCACCGACCUACUGGCUCAGGACAGAUCUCCCCUGGGGAACUCCAGGCCCAACCCCAUCCUGGAGCCAGGCAUCCAGAGCUGCUUGACCCACUUCAACCUCAUCUCCCAUGGCUUCGGCAGCCCUGCGGUGUGCGCCGCGGUCACCGCCCUGCAGAACUAUCUCACUGAGGCCCUCAAGGCCAUGGACAAAAUGUACCUCAGCAACAACCCCAACAGCCACACGGACAACAGCGCCAAAAGUAGUGACAAAGAGGAGAAACACAGAAAGUGAGGCUCUUCUCCCGCCCUGGGCCUCCACGCCUCCCCAGCGCCUCUACCCCCUUUGGCGUCCCCUCACCUACCACCUCGGGCAGGUGACAGCUCCGGGGUCUGCAAGCCCCACUGCUGUGGCCGUCACCGCCAGUCCUCUGGAGCUGGGGGGCUGCUCUCUGCUGCCAGGAGGCAGCCCCUGCGGACUCAGGCCCCUGCCUCAACUUCCCCCCAUCCACAGCGACUCCCCUUUGCCCUCAUGUGGAGCCUAAGAGAACAGAACAGGCCGCGAAGCCAGCAAAGAAAAAGUUCUGUCCGACUUUGUGAACCUUUUUUAAAAAAAAAACAAACAACAAAUCAACAACAACAAAAAAUUAAAAACUUUUUUCUAAAAAAAUAAAGUAAAAAUUCUAAAAAAAUUAUAUGAGCUUCAUGGGACUGAAUCACCACCUUCCCUUACAUAUUUCAGUUCAGAUUGUAGCCAUACUUAAAAAUAAAAAAAGGCAAAAAGGAUAAUGACAUUUUUAUCAGUAUUGUGAAUAAACUUGAACACAAAUACACGAAGUUCCAUGUCAUGUCUUCAGUUCUAGAAGUUUAUCCUCUUCAAUGUAAAGCGACCAACUUGAACUUUCUCUGGCAACACGAUUCACAGUUAUAUAAGGGAAUCAGUGUUCACAUCUCUGUAUAUAUUUAUUUAUGUGUAAUUUAAUGGGAAUUGUAAAUAUGGUGAGUCUGUUUUAAGCCCCUCCCUUUUUUUUUUUAAUUUAUCUGGUGAUUUCGUUUACCUCUUGUUUAGUGGGUUUUGAUUCCUCCCUAUUAUUUCUUCAUGUGGCUCAUGGUACUUAUUUAGAAAUUCAAGGUUUGGGGGAUUUUUUUUUUCCUCUGGAAUUCAUGAAUUUAGCCCUGCUGUAGCAUGUUAAAGAUGACAAUGAAAGAGCUGAACAACAACAACAAAAAGUAAAAUAAAAUUUUAUAUAUAAUUAGCAUUACCUUUAGCUUUUCAUUGAACUGAAAGAAAAAAGUGAUAUUGGACCCUGGAAAGAUUUUUAAACUUGAGUGGUUUAUAACCCUUCUAUGUAUUGUGGGGAGAAAAAAAGUUUAUUUUAUUCCACUGUCCUCCCUUAAAAGCAUCAUUUGAGCAAUAAAUGAGUAUUGUCUUUAAACCUAGGGUAAGGGAUUUUCCUUCUCUUUCUUUAUCUCUCUCUCUUUUUGUUCAAAGAACUUCAAACAUUUGGGACCACCUGGUAUUCUGUAUUUUCACUGGCCAUUUUGGAAGCAGUUCUAGUUGUAUUGUAUUGAGUUGUGCUGGCAGUAGUUUCCAUGCCUGUCAAUGUAUCAUAGUCCUUUGUUGCCCAGAUAAAUAAAUAUUUGAUACGCUUUAUGUCGA